AAUCGGCGCAGCUGGCUGAGUCGCCGCGGCUUGUGGGACGCGUGCGGGGGAGGUUUCUUCUUCCGUCCGGGCCGAGCCGCUAGCUGAGAUCGUUGAAGGACGUCCAUCGGCCGAGGAACUUGUGACUGGGACGAAGAUUGAAAUCAUGGCAGGUGCAGAAUCUGAUGCCCAAUUCCAGUUCACUGGUAUUAAGAAAUAUUUCAACUCUUACACUCUUACAGGUAGAAUGAAUUGUGUACUGGCCACAUAUGGAGGUAUUGCUUUGAUGGUCUUAUACUUCAAGUUAAGGUCUAAAAAAACUCCAGCUGUGAAAGCAACAUAAAUGGAUUCGUAUAUGUUUGACUUCAUCUGUUAAGUUCCCCUGCCUGGAGAAGCUAAUGUCAAUUCAUCAUGUAAUACUCAAUUUGUACAAUAAAUUAUGAACCUGGAAAA